CUCCAGUAACGACGUUCUCCGACUCCGCCAUUUAUCUGGUGGCCGUUCUGAUGAAUGUAGCGAGCUACGCCAGUUAUCUCGAAGCAAGGAUCCGUGCCUACCGCGAGUUAAAACAUGACAUCAUUAGGAUUCAAAAUGAAACGAAUAGAGAAGACAGGAUGUCUGGAGGAGAGAGUAGCAGACCCGCCAACUCGUCCAAUUCAUCACGCAAUAGGAGCGGUAAUGGGAAAAAAUUACGACAAAUGACGGUGGAAAAAGGACUUCUUAGGGAAACAAAAAUUGUUCAGCGUCAAAUUGAUGCACUUCUGGGGUGCAAAUUUUUCCUGGACAGCUUGGAGGACGAGCUUACAUUAACGACAUUAAGAUUAAUGGUGAAGGACCUCUUGAUAUUGUUCCAAGCCGGCAAUGAGGGGGUGAUCAACGUUCUCGGCCAUUCAGAACAAUAUUUCGAAAUGUCACGUCCGGAUGCUGAGGAGAGCCUGAGUAUCUAUAAAUCGUUCUGCACUCAAACUGAAGAUCCUUUCAUGAAGGCUCCCACCCGCCUUGCCGGCGCACUGGAGGAAUAUCUUAAGGACGCGAAUUUCGAGCAGAAUCGGAUAGAAUAUAAGACAAAUAAAGCAUUAGCUGACGGUAAGAUACCGAAUAAGUCCAAAUCUCAGACACGUGCGUGUACCCAUUGUUUUCGAUUAAGCGACCUUCUGAUCAAUGAAAUAGAAACCGCCACCUCAACUGAACCAGCUGCGUCACCCGAACCAAGCAGUUCAACUGCAACGAAGCCCCGACCCGCUUCUCUCAAACCAACCAUGGAUCUCCUCGAGUCAAUUGAGGAGAACCAACCCACUAUGUUCAAUCCCCAGACUGGUAGCCCAUCUACCUCUUGGUUCCAUCAGCAGCAAGAGGCUCAAGCUCAAGCGGUUUACAAUCCUUUCCGACAAUCUGUCAUGGUACCUCAAAUGACUGGAAUGCCAACGCAGCCAUUUAUGACUGCUCAACCCACUGGAUUCCCAAUGCAAAGUGCCUCGCCUUUUGCACAGGCUGUGCAACCUCAGAUGACGGGAAUGCCAUUCCAAACACCAACGAAUCCUUUCCCCCAGGUAGUCAACAAUCCCAUGGGGCAACCAAAUAACUUGCCUGCCAUGCCUUUCCAACAACCCUUCCAAACAGGGCUGGUUCAGCCUCAGCCUACUGGAUUCUUGCAACCUCAACCCACUGGAUUCUUGCAACCUCAACCCACUGGGUCAAAUCCAUUCCGUCAAAGUAUAUUGAUGCCACAAGCGACCGGAAUUCCUUCUGGUCAGAUACCAGCCCUUCCUCAGCCUCAGCCGCGUAGUGCAUCUGCACUGACAUUCUCGGUGCCAUCCAACAAUACGACAGACCAACCUAAAUCUGAAUCUCCGUUUGCUGCUGCGCUUAUCAACAGACCCGCCUCCACACCCAUCACCGGAGCGAGCAAUACACAGACUUUGAAACCUGUCGUAUCACAUGUAACCGGAUCCAGGAAUCCAUUUGGGCAACCAAAGCCGGCUUCACCCCCGCCGUUACCCAAGCAGCCAACUCUCGCAGAGCUGGCCUUCGGUGCAGCUGGCCAAGCACAAAUGCAGGCUAUGCCUACUGGUAUUCAUGUAGGCUCUACAAACCAGGACCAAAAUAUUACGCCUUCAUUCUUUGGCACGCAACCGUUCUCAGCGCGCUUGGCCACAGCCAUCGGGGACAAUGGAACACCCAGUCCGGCAAAUACAAACAUGUCCUCUGUUGCAUCUUCGUUUGCGGUUGGUGCCGAUCCUAAUAAGGCAAUGUCACCACCUCCGUCCAUAUCUAAUCUUUCCCAGGUCACUCCUCAGUUCACUGCCCAAACUGUAACGUCGACUUCCGCGCUCUCAGAUUCGUUUUCUACUCUGUCCUUUGGCACUACGACAACGGGAACGAAUCCAUCCUCUGUUGGGACCGCCCCGCUACAGCCUCAAGCCACUGGUUUUGCUGGAUUGAAGCCAUUCAAGCCCACGUCAUCAUUUGGUGCAUCUCUGUUGGAAUCGUUGCCGACCACUCCAUCGACAACAAAUCCGAGUCCAAUUGUACCUACCGGAUCAGUCAGCGGUACUGGGCUUUCUACUCUGAAUAUUCCAAGCGUUUCGAACUCUACCGCAUCAUCACCAGGCGGGUCGUUAGUAGGUCAACCAACAGGGCUCCCAUCCUUUUCUACUACAUUGGGGCAGAGUCCUGGAGCGAGCUUGUUCUCGGCCGCAGGACCCAACGCCGCAACAAAUGCCACGGGCACUAAUGUUGCCACAAAUGGAGCCCUCAAUACUGUUGGCGUUGGAUUGAGACCGCAAAUGACGGGUGGCAUAAAUCCCUUCCGUGCAUCUAUGGCCGGAGGGACUUCGUCACCCCCUCCUGGCGGUUUGCAACCUCAGCUUACGGGUCUUCCAGCCCCAUUCACACCCACUUCAUCCUUUGGGGCAAGUCUAUUUGCGAAUAAUAAUCCUGCCUUCCGACCCACUCUAGCCACAAUACCAUCCUUUACUGGCGCUUUCCCGAACCCAACCCAAGGUCAACCGCAGUCGCAGCCACAACAGCAGCAACAAAGCACAUCACUCAUUUAG